GCUGCUUCCGGUCAUCCCCAUUCAUCAUAAGAGGUGUGUUUUGUUGUACACUGUAAUUACAGAUAACAGUCUUUCCUUCCAUUUUUUUUCAAUCCCACCUCUCCCGUCACUUACUACUAAAUACUACAUAAAUACUCUUUACUCAUUCAUUACACUACGCCAUCUUUUCUCUAAAUUUGAAAUUGAUGAGCUGAAAACAGAGAAUGUCGUCGUCUUGUUUGAGCAGCAGAGCAUACAGAUUAGAGGCGCUGGACCUUGACAUUAUAAAAUCCCCUUCUUCAACUUGUUGGAUUUCUAGCUCUUCUUCGCCAUCAUCAACGCUAUCGGAGUCCACCACCAGCAACGCCCUCUCCACGACCACGAGGAAGCCGCGCACUCCGAGGAAGCGCCCGAACCAGACCUACAAUGACGCGGCUGCAAUUCUGUCCACUGCGUACCCCAAGAUUUUCCCGCCUACCAAGCCGGGAAACUCCCACGGCGGCGCCUUCAUCUUCGAGCCUUCGGAGCUGCUCAUGCCGCUCCAGCAAGUGGACACGUUGCGGAGGCUUCUCGCCCUCGAUCUCGAGAAGCCCGUUGACAUCAAGGGCCUGAGGAAGGCGUGCCGGAGCACCCCCGAGAUAUCGAACUCGUCGCAGUGUGAAGACGAGGAGGAGGAGGAGGAGUUCGAUGCGGAGUCGAUUUUGGAUGAAGAGAUUGGGGGUGGGAUUGAGAGCAUAAUGGGGAAUCUUGAAAUGGAUAAGGAAAAUGAUGCUCCAGUGAAUAACACGUUUUGCUAUGGAUAUCCGGUGGGAUUGGGAUUGGGAUUGGAAUCGAGGGCGAUGAGGGUCGCCGAUGAGUGGUGGAAGUUCCCUUGCGUUAAUGUGGUUGAUGUGAAUCCGAAUGUUGUUGGUGGCAAGAAAAAGAAGAAAGUGGAAGAAACAGAGGACUCUGUUUCUCCCGAGCCGAAUGCUGGGAUGCUCGGCCUCAAAUUGAACUACAACAGCAUCGCACACGCUUGGUCGGAUAAGCCGUGGCCAUUCUCCGAGGAGUCCCCCGAGUCCGACAUUCGGAAUAAUAAUGCAGGCAAGAUUAGCACAGAUAGAGCUGUUUUCGGAGAAGGGGGGAGUGAGAGAGGCGAGCGUGCAGCGCUACAAGGAGAAAAGGCGGACGCGCCUCUUCUCGAAGAAAAUACGAUACCAAGUCCGCAAAGUCAAUGCCGAUCGUCGCCCUAGAAUGAAGGGACGAUUUGUUAGAACGCCCACUUCAUCUGAUGAUUAGACCUCUUUUUUCUUUCUUUUUCUAAUAAUUAUUUACACUGGAACUGCAUAUAUGAGUUGCAAUGCCUAGUGAAGGAGUAGAUGAAAUUACUAGUCUUACUUUUUCUGCUUUUUCCAAAAAUUUUGGCCCCAAACUUUAGUUUGCAUUUUUCACUUAUUUAUGGAGUAUAACAAUAUUCUCUUA